AUGGAGCCGUUGAAAUGCAUGUGCUUUGCCUUCUCUUUCCUGGGGGCUUUGGCGUGUGUGUGUGUGUGUAUGUGCACGUGUGUGUGCUGCUUCUGCUGCCGUGGCUGCUGGCUGUGCUUUCCCAGAUAGCGGAGGACGCGCUCGCAAAAGCGCUGCCUUGCUACUCACCCUGUCCCCCAUGAAGCGGGUCCAGAGCGUCCCGAAUCUGGCUACAGGUACUAGCACACACACACACACCUAACACCUAAUACACACCACUAACACACACACACUUAUGUCACACACCAACAAAAAACCAACCCUUAUGCCUAACGCACAUACACAGGCCUGUACAGACGAUCAUUGAGUCACACUGAUGUUGAAGGGGGUAAGUGAAGGCCAUGCUAACAGUCAGUCAGUGCAACUUUUGACUAUAUGCAAAUAAGACAUCAUUGAGUAAAUGACUGUAACAGUUGUUAAUUUUGUUAAGAAACCAUACCAUUCUAUUGACUAGAUUCCUUGGUGGGGUUUCAUGUUCUGUCAAGACAUAAAAUGUUGUUCAAAUGUUGUAUUUUUUCUUCCACCUCAGCCCUGACAUCAUUCACUUCCUGUUGCUUUCAUUCAUCUGACUUCCUGCGACAACCCUCGUUUGUCAUCCUCCGGGACCGGCGUCCUCCUCGCUGUCUGUCACUCCGUUUCCUCUCCUUUUUCCUCUGCUAUCACUUUCUUUUCCUCCCCCUUCGUUCUCUUUUCAUUCCUCUGAGAAACUAGAUGGUUCAUGUCAGUAUCUCAGAGCUUUUGCUGUGAUUGGGUAAGACGGGGCUCUGUUCGAGUCAAGAGGGAAUUCCCAGCAUGAUUUGCAGCGGAUGUGUGCGCUGUACACGGUUGGGCGUGACUGCUAAAAAUUGUACUGUGGUGGCUCGAAACCAUGGCAACCCUGACUCAUUCUUACCAUUUCGGCUCUGAGCUUGGGUCUAGUGAGAAACAGUCAGGGAUGUUGACGUUGUGUGUUUGUCUUUUGAUUUAGAGAGUAGCAUCAAAGUUGGCCUCACUGAUACAGGGUAAGAUAUUAGGCCAUCCACUAUGACUAAAGUCAGGAUUGAGAGGUAGGAUAAUCUGAUCCUAAAUCUGUGCUUAAGGACAACUACCUUCUAUCGCAACAUCUACCAAAACACUCAUCCAGGGUCAGAUGUUAUGCCAUCCCCAUUGACUAAAGUCAGGAUUGAGAGGUACGAUAAUCUGAUCCUAGAUCUGUGGUUAAGCACAACUUCUACAUCAAACAAAAAUAUUGCUUCUGAGGGUAUUGUACAGUCUAAAGCAGGGUUCCCCAACUGGUGGCCCGCAGGCCAAAUCUGGCCCGCCAGCAAUAUUAUUUGGCCCCCCAAAGCCCCCCAAAUUAAUUAUUAUUGAUGCAAAAACUCCUAAAUGCAAUGUCCCAAGAAGGAAGUUACUCUACCUAAAUAAUGCAAAAGUUACAUUUUAACUUCAUGCAUGAGGAGAGAGAAUGCAGGAGACAGUCAACUAAUAAAGCAGGCAGCGGACCAUUUUGUGGUGCUGAAACGUAAAGCUGCAACCGCAGCGCAAUCAAUAGGUGAACAGCGCCUGGUGCUGAAAAUAUAGCUAACUUGUUAUGCAAGUGUUGCACAGCAACAGAUGGAGAAAAACUACACCAGUCAAGUAAUUCAUUUCAACAAUAAGCUUCAUUUUAAAAAGUUAACUAGCUGAGGAAGGCUAUGAGGCUUAACAUAAUAAUCUUAAUCUUAAUCUUUCACAAUAAAAAAUAUAUGGCCUAAAAUAAGUGAUAUUUUUUAUUAGGCCUACUUACAAUUGCAACUGGACAAAAAUGUAGCAUCCUACAUAAAACAAUAAUUUAAAGUAAAAAAGGCGACGUCUCUGUCAAUGUCUGUAUCAGGAUAUCCUGCUCCUGUAACGACAGAACACACAGAAAAUACUGUCAGCUUGAAACAUAAAUAUCCCUGGAUAAGCACUCAUAAUAAUGUUAGUAUUUACUAAAUACAGUCAUAUAGGCCACUAAGUUACUUACUCAAUGUGAAAAGUUGCAAUUCCCUUUGGACACGAUCUUGUGGAUGUCGGGUGAGAUGGAUGUGAUUUUGAUGCACAGGCAGUUCUUGAUUGACUUGUGUGAAAGCCGGUUCCUGUGGUGAGUCUAUAUUGCGUUCAUAGAGGAAAAUGAGGACUCGUAGGUGUAAGUCGAUCCAAACAUUGUUGGCACAUAAAAUGCUAGUUUCUUUAUUGUGCUGUAUUCCUCUGAGCAUGCCACCCAAAACACACACAAGGACUCGGCAUCCCUGAUUUGGCUCGACGUCUGGAAUUCAAUCAGCUCAGUUUGAAUUGCAGCCUCAUCCAGCAAGGGUAUCGUUUUCUUAGCAAGGGAGGAUAAUUCUCCGCCUGGGCGGACUGUGAGAGGAUCACUACAAACGCAAUGAUAUCCUUGGGCAUGCUGUAGUCUUCAAAUCUGGUGGAGAAGUUGUCCCUCAGCUGCUUGUUGUCCCAUCACCUCUGUGACAAUGCUGCGGCCUGGUCCCUCUGCCUGUCCUUUCUUCAGUGUGCUGAAGUUCAGUAGCCUUCCAGAUGACAAGUCCAAAUCGAACAACUCAAGCUUCCUAGUAAAGGCCUCAAGUUGUUCCACCAUGUCCACGACUGUUUUCCCUCUUCCUUGUAACUGCAGAUUUAACCCGUUUAAGUGACAGAAUGUCAGCCAAAAAAGCUGUGUGUGUAACUUGCAGUUAACGCUUCAAUGUUUCUGCGUCGGGCCUCUGUCUGGGGCCACUUUGAAAGUUCCAUGCUUAGAUUCAUAAUGACGUCUGAGAUUGAAUUCUUUGCAAACAGCAACAUUUUCAUUGCAAAUAAGGAACACUGGCUUGGCUUUGGGAAAAGAUGGUAAGAUGAACGCAUGUCUCUCUGUACGUUCUUCCAUGAAACUUUGAUUUUCAUUACCACCUUUCUUUUGAUACUUUUUGAGAGCGACAUUUUCUCUUGCUAUCAAGCUAAUUGUUCUGAACGAAUGUUGACGUUAAAAAAAGUAGUGUAGCCUACAGUAGGCUAUGUAUACCUGUUUUCCCCCACCAAUCAACACACAGAGAAAUAGAAAACAAUUACAAUUGAAUAGAGACAUGGUGAUUUUAGGAGCGUAAUCAGAUCGAAAUUAUUAUGUUAUUGUCUCUGGAUUUAUAAUGUACUAAUCAGAUGUGUUAAAAAUGUUGUUCAAUUUGUAGUGUAGGUCAAUUAAUUGUGCUAAUAUUAUAUGCUAAUGAUGUUCUGACCUGCCGAACGUAGUUCACGAACCCUGGUCUAAAGGGUGUGGUGCACUAGCAUUAAAGUUGGCCUUAAUCACUGAUACAGGAUCAGAUAUUAUGCCAUCCCCUAUGACUAAAGCCAGGAUUGAGAGAUACAGUAAUCUGAUCCUAAAUCUGUGGUUAACAUUUUACAUUUUAGUCAUUUAGCAGACGCUCUUAUCCAGAGCGACUUACAGUUAGUGAGUGCAUACAUUUUUCAUACUGGCCCCCCGUGGGAAACGAACCCACAACCCUGGCGUUGCAAGCGCCAUGCUCUACCAACUGAGCUACACGGGGCCCAGCACAACUUCUACCUCAAAUCUGCUGUAUAGAACAAGUUGACAGAUUCAAGUGCGGUCUGCCUCAGGCUGUUCAUUUUAGGAACCCAGCUAGUGCUUAAUGGGGGGGUGAAACCACAUGACAGGACAAUUUAGCGUUUUAAUUUCCACGCCGUCAAAAGUAAUAGACCACUCCCCCCUGUUGGUCAUGGGUAAAGCAGUGAAACAACUCCCCCGAAACAAAAAUAUAAGGCAGCGACGGCUUCGCACACAGCGGCAUCAGCUAUUAACGACAUAUCCUGUCAACGCCGAAUAUCUCCGGUUACCCAGAAUUCCCUGGGUGAUGGCGGGCAGCGGGCGAGUGCUAUUAAGCCGUGCCAGGGAUAUAAAAACAUACUCCGCGCCUCAUGAAAUGUCCAACGCUCGUUCCGGCUACACACACACACACACACACACACACACAUACACACACUUCAAUUCCCCAACCCCGACUGUCUCAUCCCCCUUUUAAUGUAUUUACGAUAUCAGUUUAAGAAGUAGGAGAGAGCUAACUUAGCCAAGCCUCCAUAGUUUCUAUUUCCUUUUUUUUAUGACUUUGUUUUGGCUUCUCUGUCAUCAAUUCCCACUGCUGCACACUCCAAAGCCAGCUAUAGUCAAACCUAUUGGGUUUGAAAUAGAUGCAUUCCACAUAGUUAGGCUGAUGUACUGCAUGUAUGUGUUCAGUAGACUCCCCCAACAACAAACCUCUCAUCUUCUAUAGUAGCGUUUCCUAAACCUUUCAUUGGGUACCCCCAGUUCCACUUAUUUGAUCUAUUCCAGUGCCACACCUGAUUCAGCUGGUGUGGUAAUUAGUGUAGUCAGCUGUGCUAGAAGACAAAAACAUAUCAUAUACCAUCAUAUGUCAGUACGCAGCUUGGCUAUAUCUAUAUAGUCAAUAUUGUGUUCUUUGAUAAAAGAAAUUUAGCGACUGCAAUGAUUUAUUUGGGUAGCUAUACAUUUUUAUAUCAGUUAUCCCGUGUUACGUUGUUUUGAGCCCCAUUGCGUGUCUCUAGCUGGUUAGCUGCAGUAUGGCCUCAUACCUCUAAUACUAGGUUUAUAAUCUCUAUUCUAUUUGACACUGAUCCCCUUGAGUGACAAUAGAGUUAAUAUCAGUUGGGAUAUGUGGACGGUAACACAGGGUCAUGUUCAAAACGUUUUGCAAUGGAAAGACAAGCAUUUCUUAUUGGACAAGUUCAGGUGGUAUCUCCCCGUUUCACUCUGAUUUGUUACGUUUGGUGCUGAAUGAACAUGACCCUGGUUUCCAUCUCUCUUGUGUGCCCUGUGUCAUAAUGUCCUGGCUUUGUGUCUCGGCUCUAUUGGCUUUUGUAAGGGCUGCGUUCAGAAGGGCACAACGUUGCGGAACGUUCAGAUGAGAAUAGAUUGUGUAGAACAGACAUGCCUCUGACAGCCCUCCAUAUUAACUGUAUCCCUUCUAUGUAUUUCUGAAUUGUCCCUUUUUCCUUCCCUAAAUGUUUCUCUCCCCCUCUUUCAGCAGUCUGUCUCAUUAAUUUCAGAACAUAUCCAAGCCCCUGGAUAUGUAUUCGGGCUACUGAAACCACCAUUCAAAUGUCUCUUCUGCUGCAUAUUGAUGAUGAUCCUGCAUCUAGAUAUGCAUACCAAAAGUCACAUGUUAAUGUGCGUUUCUUUUCUCCUCACAGGGAGUGAGUCUCACUCGUCAGAUUCAGGUAACUACAGUUCAAUGUCUUAUCUUGAUACAAUGCGCACAUCCAAUUUAUCUUGGACUAUAAGCUGUGAAAAGGAAUACAUCAUGUGUUGGCAUCAAGGGGUCUAGUUGUUAUGUAAGGCCUGUCGCCUAUAAUUGUGUUAUGAGAUGUGUGACUGUGACCUGUAAUUGUGUGUGUGGCCCUGUGUGUGUUCCAGAUGCUUGGAGGUCGUGCAGCACCGAUGGCCUAAGGAACGGCGACGACAUCAGUUCCUCCCUGGCCGCCAAGGGCUUCCGCAGCGUCAGGCCCAACCUGCAAGACAAGAAGUCCCCCACACAGGUGAAUAUACACACACACACACACACACACACACACACACACACACACACACUGUGCAUUGUUGAAUUCCUAUACAGCAUUUUAAUGUGUUUAAUCAGUUUAACCAGAGUAUUCACACCACACUGAUUGAGUUCAGUUGCAAAGCUAUCAUUGUUGAAUCCGUAGUAUUAAAGCAGUGUGAAUCGUUCUUGAUCAGGAAGUUUAUAAUGUGAAUAAAUCCUACAUUCCUUCAGCACCAGUGCCUCCAGAGAAUUUCCCCUGUCAAGUUUUUCUGUUGAUUCAAGUUGAUAUGUUUAUGUUGUUUUCCAGCAGCUAUCAAGAGCCUAAUGAAAGAUUCCUUUCCUCCCCCAGAGCCGUGCGUGUGUGUGCAGUGUGUGUGUGUGCGGUGUUUAUGCGUCAUUUUGGGACAAUAAACGCAGCAAGGAAGCAGUCCGCGCCACACAUCUCUUCAAUCUUCUAAAAUGAUCUUUAUUUGAUUCCAGGCCACAUUUUUAUGACGUUGGGUUUUAAAGUGGAAAAUAAAUCACACCACAACCUCAUAAAAUGUUUACAACGUAGAGAAACCCCCCCAAUAUAUAUUCCGGUCAAGGGUGUAUUGUUCUUGUAUUAUACUUUGGACUGGAUUUAGUCUGUCUCAUAUCAUGAUUACUGAUUUAAUGUAUUUAUUUAUUUAUAUCUUUCCAUUGAUUAACAAUGUUGUUUGUUGCUAUUUUCAUUCUCUGAUUCUAAUUGGCUGCCCAGGCUGUCAAUCAGGUCCCCCUCCCGCCCCCUAGGAGAGAGAGCUACCCCUUCCCCGCCACUGGUGCUAUCCCCCCCUCCUACAGCUCCCUCCUAGCCGAGACCCUUGGACCCGGGAUGCUAGCCCUCUCCAACGAGAAGGCCGUCCUCAAAGAGUCUUACACAGUCAAGAGCACAUCUUCUUACUCCCACUACCAGAGUACUACCAACACUUCUGCACCCCAAUCUGAACCAGAACCCAACCCCCAGCCCCCACAAACAAACCCUCAGUCCCCCCUCGCCAUCCCCAAUAACACCAGCAACGUCAAAGCCUCCACUGCUACUCCCUCCACCACCACCCAGCUUCAGGCUGCAGAGCGCAAGGUGUCCUCCCUCAGACUAACCCCCGUCACCAUCCCUGAUCCUCCCUCCCACCAACCCGUCCCCCAGCCUGAGACUCUCACCACCUCCCCUCCUCCCCCAAACCUUCCCCCCCGUAGAGACUCCUCCAUUGGCCCCCAAAGCCAGCACACAGCCUCCCUCUCCGUCCAGAUGGCCCCGCGGAGCCCCAAACCACCGGGGUCCAAGACCCCUACCCUGGAGCCCAAGACCCCAGCCCCAGCUUCUGUCCCUGGGGAGGGCAGGAAGGUGAAGGCCUCCCCUCCAGUUCCACCUCGACCGGCCGCAGCGAAUGUGGUGGUACUAUAACUGAGUUCCAGUUUCCUAAUCAACCUCUGUCAGUUCUUCUUCAACAGCACCACUGUGGUUGGUCAGGCACAACCAACCAACCAGACUAACUGGGAUUGUGUGCGUGUGUUUGUGCGUUUGUCAGAGGGAUGGCCAGAUUUAGAAGCACAGUGUGUUUUGUUCAGUGUCCAACAUCUUCAAACACCGUGAUUGCACUAAUCCAAUCUCUUACCCCACAGUGAAGGUAACACCAGUCUGCACACUAUAAUGCAGUGUGACAAAACACCACAUAAUUUCUUGUCUCACACCGUUUCACUUCCUGUCCUGUUUGGACCACCCAACCAUGCACAGCCGCAUCAGUUUAAAUUCUCUCCCCCUCCCUUUCUUCCUCCUCUAUAACCCCCUUCCAUCCUACCAGGGCUCGCCUCCUCACCCCUGCUCCCCCGACCACAGCACCCGGCGCUCCCCUUACAACCGCCACAGCGCCGACUCACUGGACUACCUGGUUGGCCUCAAAGCCCUGUCGCCCACCCCGUACGCCCCGUCCCCAUACGCCACCUUGGAGCGUGGCGGGGGGGACCGAAUGUAUAAAAUUGGCGUAGUCGGCGGGGUCAGCAUUAGCAUGGUUAGUGCUGGUGGAAGUAUCGGUGGUAUGGGGGGCAUGUCACCCUCGCUCUCCCCAGUGACAGUGUCAGCGCUCAGCCAAUACUCGUCCUCCACUGCGGGCCUCCUGGAAGAGCUCCAGAUCUGCAGCCUGGACUCCCCCGGCGGGUCUCCCACACCCUCGCCCACCCUCAGCCACAUGUCGACCUCCGCGUCCACCACGGACACCGACGAGGCGCCGCCGCUAACCUCCACCACCGCUGCUGCCACUAACGUAACUAUCCCCCCCCCCCCCCCCCCCCCACAACGUCGCUAACUACUGGCUACACCAAGGAAGCUUGAGUCCCCCCAACCCCCAAAACUCUUACCACACCCAAACAAUACAGUGUUCACAAGCUCCUCCAACUAAUCCACUCACCCGUCUUGAGUGAAGCGCUCUUGUAUGCCCUACCCCCCGUGUCCCACUGUCAUAACAUCUCCCUUCGCACUCUUCUGAUUAUUUAGUCUAACAACGUCUUUAUGCACCAUGAUCCCACCUUCGUAACGUGUCUUUUUUGUGUGUUUCUCACAUACCAAAAUGUGAGGAUUUGUCCAACUGUCAUUAACUCUUAGGUACAACAACUUCUUUCCUAUGUCUGUUCAAUAGUUUAUUUCAUUGUGGGAGUUUUGAUUGAAAGACCCACAAUGUGACAAUGAUGUGACACUGUCUUUUACGUGUGCACUGUGUCAUUUCUAACCAAUAAUGAAAUCCCUGAUUGAAAUAAGUCCAUGUUGUUUGCUGACUUCCAACUACUCAACAGGUGUCUUCCUUUUAACUAACCUGUUAUGUUUUCUCUGAUGCAGCACAAUUUUCCAAUACAGUCUGUUGCACUCCUCUCAUAACAAUCAGAUUGACCUAGAUCACUUUGGUCCUUACUAUCUACUCGUAAAGCCAUUUUAGUCUUACUGGUAACCUAUUCUUAUAACAGAGAUAAAUUCUUAGUACAGAGUCUUUGAUUGUUAACCAACUGAUAACAUUAUGUGGGUGUCUGUCCCAUCAGUUUUGACCACUAUAAACGUUGUUUCUUGCAAAUGGAGUGCACUGUUUUACCCUCUGGUUCUGAUGUCUCCCCCCCCCUCUCUCUUUCUCUCUCCUUCUCUUUUCUCCCUCUUUUUCUCUCCCUCUUCAUCUCUCCCUCUUCUUCUCUCCCUCUACUCCCCUCGCUCUCUCUUUCUCUCGCUCUGUCUCCUCCAGGGCCAAGCUAUUCAAGUGGCCAUGAAUGGAGGUGCGCCCCACCCCCAGAGGCCCUCCUCACCCCCGGCCUACCCCCCUCUCCCCGCCUCGUUCAGCCCAGGGGUGGUUCACAUGCAGAGUCGGAGCGCAGGUGAGAGCAGAGAUCCCGACCGUGUCAGCCUGGGCUGAUUUUUGAAUUUUUGUUGACUUGUGUAAGCAGGCAGUUGCCCUGCUGUGAAUCACAAUGGCAUAUUAAUGAGUCUACGUUUAACAAAAUAAUGUGCACAGAAUAAGGCUUGACCAUUUUUGUCCCGAGUCAACCACUACAUAACCAAGCACUCUAACGCUAAGAGCGAUCCUGAACCACAAUGUACGCCUCCACACAAAGUAAGCCAAUUGAUUACCGGUAUUCAGGUUUCUAUGAAUACGUGUCAUCACACCACUGUGGUGAUUUACUUCAACCCAUACUUUCCCUUUGUUCUGAUGUUGAUCCCCUCAGUAUUACUACCGCCCAGAGAUAAUGGCUCUUUAAUGCACUUCUCUAGUUAGUUGAUGUAAUGGGACUAUUUGCACCAUUUGAGGUUUGCAGGAUAUGAUGUAUUUACAACCAUUAGAGGCAGACGGGACCUAAUCGAUAGGGGAACGCAAUGGAAAAUGAAUUGCUGACAAAGUGGACCUGGCAGUGGGAAUAUGCUUAGUGGCGCAUAACUCGCAUCAGUGUUGCACAGCCCUACAUUUACUUUGAUGAACUGUAUAUACUGUAUACACACUGAGUGUACAAAACAUUAGGAACACCUGCUCUUUCCAUGACAGAGACUAACCAGGUGACAGCUAUGAUCCCUUAUUGAUGUCACUUGUUAAAUUCACUUCAAUCAGUGUAGCUGAUGGGGAGGAGACGGGUUAAAGAAGGAUUUCUAAGCCUGGAGACUAUUGAGACAUGGAUUGUGUAUGUGUGCAAUUCAGAGGGUGAAUGGGCAAGACAAAAGAUGUAUAUGCCUUUAAACGGGGUAUGGUAGUAGGUGCCAGGCAUACCGGUCUGAGUGUGUCAAGAACUGCAACGCUGCUGGGUUUUUCACGCUCAACAGUUUCCCGUGUGUAUCAAGAAUGGUCCACCACCCAAAGGACAUCCAGCCAACUUGACACAACUGUGGGAAGCAUUGGAGUCAGCAUAGGCCAGCAUCCUUGUGGAACAUUUUUGACACAUUGUAGAGUCCAUGCCUCGACAAAUUGAGGCUGUUCUGAGGUCACAACAGGGUGCAGGUCAAUAUUAGGAAGGUGUUCCUAAUGUUUUGUACACUCAGUGUAUAUCUCUAAUAAACUGCUUCCCUACUACUGUGAAGUGCUUGGCCAACCGACAUUGUGGAUAAGAGUGUGUGUGCGUGUGUGUGCGUGUGUGUGUGUGUAUGAGAUAGAGAAUGUGAUAUGGAGAGACUGUGUACCUUUGUGUGUUUUCUGGGCCAGCCCAUCCAAAUCACUCACAUCAGUUUACUGUCUUAACUUCCUUCUCUUCCUUCCUCCUUCCCUCUAUUCAUCCCUUUUCCCCCUCUCUCCUCCUCCACACACUACACACACACACACACACUACACACACACCAUACAGAAGGUUCAGAGUCGGUGACGCGUGAGUCGGUGACGUCGGGCCACACCAGCGUGAGCAGCACGGUGCCCAUCGCCCGCUUUUCAGAGGAGGAGAAGCGGGUGUCUGUCAUCAAGGCGCCCCACUACGAGGGCAUCGGCCCCGUGGAUGACACGGGCAUCCCUAUCGCCAUUCGCACGGUGAGGAGAGGACACACAUGCAUGUACACGCAGUCAGACACGCGACAAGACAAGUGAAAAAACUCUUUGGACACGUACUUUAAGAACACAUUUUAAGAAGGCUUAAAAGUUCUGUUUCAUUUUAAGUGGGAUGAAUUUGGCUACAGAACAGUAAGCCUAUAUUUCCCACAUGGCACUCUAUUCCCUUUAUAGUGCACUACAUUUGACCAGAGCCCUAUGUAGCCUGGCCAAAAGUAGUGCACUAUAUAGGGAAUAGGGUGCCAUUUGCGAUGCACCCAAUGUGUGUUGUGGAGUUUCAUGACUCACCAUUGUGUUUUUCUUUGGGAAAUGUGGAGUACCUCUGGCCCUGACUAGCCUUGUCUGCUGUCUGAUAUGUGAGCAGGGCCCAGUGGGAGGAAUGCUUUUGAGAUGUCAGCAGCUUUAGACCCCUUAUUCAGAGCCCUUUCUCUCUCUCUCUCCUCUCUCUCUCUCUCUCUCUGUCUCUGUCUCUGUCUCUGUCUCUGUCUCUGUCUCUGUCUCUGUCUCUGUCUCUGUCUCUGUCUCUGUCUCUGUCUCUCUCUCUGUCUCUGUCUCUGUCUCUGUCUGUCUCUCUCUCUGUCUCUCUCUCUCUCUCUCUCUGUCUCUCUCUCUGUCUCUCUCUCUCUCUCUCUCUCUCUGUCUCUCUGUCUCUGUCUCUGUCUCUGUCUCUGUCUCUGUCUCUCUGUCUGUCCGCCAGCUGUAAUUAGGGACUUAGUCAAAGUCCUCGUUAUUGUACUACAGGGCCAUGAGCAGCCUUUCUCUCUCUCUGUGUAUGUGUACCCCCAUCUGAGUGUGUCUGUGUAUGUAUCUCAGCCGUGUAUAAGAGUCCUUCAGACACUCGUCCUCGCUCUGUUGAGAGGCUGAGAGAGCAUGGAUACUGGGGGAGUAGGAGAGAGAGAGAGAUAUAUAUAUAUAUAUAUAUAUAUAUAUAUAUAUAUAUAUAUAUAUAUAUAUAUAUAUAUAUAUAUAUAUAUAGAAAAGCGCGAGAUAGUUGCGCUGUGCUGUGUGCACUCACUGAGAAUUUUUCUGGCUCCUCACGCUGGUAGCCAUGGUAUUAGCGGGGGUGAUUGGCAUUGUGGUGGCCAGGCUCGGGCCAUCUGGGUACGUCUGGUCAAGCACACACACACUCUGGACUGAAAACGGACACUUUUCUGCCUAGUCAGGUCACCGUGGGGGUCAGUGUUAUCGACUGGCCAAGAGAUGAACUUCCCCUGUCAGCCGAUGACACGACUGAGUGUGUGUGUGUGUGUGGGAGUGUGUGUGUGUGACAAACAAAAACACGUGGCUAUGGACACAGACUUUUCUUUGCACAUGUCCUGUCCAUCUAUUCGUCUAUCGAUCCGUCUGUCUGCCUCUCUGUCCGCCCAUCUGUCUGUCUAUGUGUCCGUCUGUCCGUAGCCUACAUUGAUUUAUGAUUGUUUUCUCUCUCCCCACAGACGGUGGAUAGGCCGAAGGACUGGUACAAGACCAUGUUCAAGCAGAUCCACAUGGUUCACAAAGCAGGUGGGGAGAUCUACAGUAGACUGGAGACAGUACAGCGUGUCAUUGGACGAGACGGGUGUUAUUGCAGUGUGUACGAUCAAAUCACAUUUUAUUUGUCCCAUGCGCCGAAUACAACAGGUGUAGACUAUACCGUGAAAUGCUUACUUACGGUCUGUCAUUCCUUGCUGUUCACCAAGAUGGGUCACACUCCUGGGCUGUGUGUGUGUGUGUGUGUGCGUGCGUGCAUUAUGUAUGUACACUAUAUAUACAAAAGUAUGUGGAAACCCUUCAAAUUAGUGGAUUCGGCUAUUUCAGCCACACCCGUUGCUAACAGGUGUAUAAAAUCGAGCACACAGCCAUGCAAUCUCCAUAGACAAACAUUGGCAGUAGAAUGGCCUUACUGAAGAGCUCAGUGACAUUCAACGUGGCACCAUAAUAGGAUGCCACCUUUCCAACAAGUCAGUUCGUCAAAUUUCUGCCCUGCUAGAGCUGCCCCGGUAAGCUGUAAGUGCUGUUAUUGUGAAGUGGAAACGUCUAGGAGCAACAACGGCUUAGCCGCGAGGUGGUAGGCCACACAAGCUCACAGAACGGGACCGUAUAUUGCUGUAGCUUGUAAAAAUAGUCUGUCCUCGAUUGAAACACUUUCUACCGAGUUCCAAACUACCUCUGGAAGCAACGUCAGCACAUGAACUAUUCAUCAGGACCUUCAUGAAAUGGAUUUCCAUGGCCGAGCAACCGCAAACAAGCCUAAGAUCACCAUGAGCAAUGCCAAGCUUCGGCUGGAGUGGUGUAAAGCUCACCGCCAUUGGACUCUGAAGCAGUGGAAAUGCGUUCUCUGGAGUGAUGAAUCAUGCUUCACCAUCUGGCAGUCCGACGGACGACUCUGGGUUUGGCGGGUGCCAGGAGAACGCUACCUGCCCCAAUGCAUAGUGCCAACUGUACAGUUUGGUGGAGGAGGAAUAAUGGUAGGGAGGUGUUUUUCAUGGUUCGGGCUAGGCCCCUUAGUUCCAGUGAAGGGAAAUCUUAGCCCUGCAGCAUACAAUUACAUUCUAGACGAUCCUGUGCUUCCAGCUUUGUGGCAACAGUUUGGGGAAGGCCCUUUCCUGUUUCAGCAUGACAAUGCCCCCUGACCUCAACCCCAUCCAACACCUUUGGGAUGAAUUGGAACGCCGACUGCAAGCUAGGCCUAAUCGCCCAACAUCAGUGCCCGACCUCACUAAUGCUCUUGUGCUGAAUGGAAGCAAUUCCCCGCAGCAAUGUUCCAACAUCUAGUGGAAAGCCUUCCCAGAAGAGUGGACCAAGCCCAUAUUAAUGGCCAUGAUUUUGGAAUGAGGCAUCUACAUACUUUUGGUCAUGUAGUGUAUGGAUGGACAUGCAUGUGUUGUGUGUGGGUUUCUCUGUGCCAGCCGUGUGUGUGUGUGUGUGUGUGUGUGUGUGAGAGAGAGAGAGAGAGAUCGAUCAAACCUACAGAUGCACUGCAGCGAUCUCUGCGCCGCUUCACAUAGUCAAUACAAGGCAUAUUUAUUCUUAACAACGCACACACACAGCUUACUGUACUUCUCAAAGGAUAACAUCAAUAGUCAGCCCUUCGUUCUCCUGGGUCCUUAUUCGUUGAUCUUCAGUAUUCACCCUGCUGAUAAACUACCUACAGAGCCUUUGUUUGCCCACUGAGGUUUUCCCUGAGACAGGCAGAAUAUUUCUGCAGUGAUGGCGGUAGGGAAUCUGUAUGUGUGUGCACAAAUGGAUGCAGGGAAAAGGGUGCUGUCAGCAGGGUGGGUGUGUUCUGCUCACGUUCUUCCAUGUUUCUACAGAUGACGACUACGCCGACACGUACAACGCCACAUACACUGUCGACGGUAACCACGGUAAGAGUCUCGAAGAUCUCUUCUUGAAGAUUCAAAUGUAUGCUAGUGGUUGGUCACGUUGUCCUGUGUUCAAGAACAAUGAAAACACCUGACUCGCAAGAGUACUUUGUUUACCACCCCCUUCUCCCUCUUUCUUUUCACUCUUUCUGUCUCUAUCUCUCUUUUUUUUCCCCCUCCCCAUCCUCUGUCUCUCUCUCUCUCUCUCUCUCUCUCGUUCUCUUUUCCCUCCCCAUUCUCUGUCUCUCUCUCUCUCUCUCUCGUUUCCCUCUUUCUCCCCUUCACCCCUAGACACAUAUGGUCAGUCCUCCAACCCCACCAUGGCCUACCCUCCCCCCAGGACACAAACGUACCGGCCCCUGGCCAAGAGCCCGUCGGACAACAGAGGCCCCGGGACCUUCAGGGAGCCCUCCCCCGUGCCACCGCCGCCCCCGCCCAUGCCCUCCCUCCUCCAGCUGAGGUCCAGAGACAGCGACCGGGAGCGAGACUCGCCCGACACCAUGUAAGACACAGCGGUCUGGUUUUCUUUCGCUUGGUCCAAGACCCACGGCUAGUUAGUCUGCAUCUUAGGCUUAGACUUAGGCCUAGUCUGCAAUGUAAAACAUAGGCCUUGGACCUAGACCUAGUCUUAGUCCUUACGUAGGCCUAGUCCCCCUGAGACCCUCACCUUAGGGGAUACCUUAGCUCUAGAACCUAGACCUAGGCUAGCGUCAUGCCUUUGGCAGCACCUUAAACUUGGACCAAGAUCACACUGAUGUCUUUUUUUCAUUUUUUUUUUUCUCACCAGGAAUCAGUGGGGCCCUCCCGAUAGGAAAGUGGACACUAGAAAGUACCGCGCCGAACCCCGGAGUAUCUUUGAGUACGAGCCCGGGAAGUCAUCCAUUCUGGAGCAGGAGAGGCCGGUGAGUGGCCAUAAGCACAUCUCUGUCACUUUUAUAUUGGCCUACAUCAGGGUGUCAAACUCAGUUCCUGGAGGGCCAUGUAUUUGCUGGUUUUUAUUACUUCCUUUCAAUUGGUGUCCAAGUAGACUGCCGGAAAUAGAUAAAUUCAUCCGACAACCAGGUGAGGGGAGUUCCUAACUAACAAUGGUCUUAAUUGAUCAAUCAAGUACAAGGGAGGAGCGGAAACCCGCUGACAGUCGGCCCUCCAGGAAUUGAGUUUGACACCCCUGGCCUACAUUGUCAUUAUCCAAGUCAUUUAAAACUCCAUUACCCAUAAUCACCCUGUAAUCUACAGCCUCCUUGGUUCCUAAUAAGCGAGUGAUCUUCAACUCUCAGUCCUGGAGAGCUAAAUGGAGGUGCAGGCUUUUGUUCCCGCCCAGCACGAAUACACCCGAUUCCAGAUAUUAAGGUCCAGAGUGAAUAAGAGGUGUGUUUAGAGCUGGAUUGGAACAAAACCCUCUACACACAAAGGCUCUGUCUACAGGAACAGAGUUGGAGACCCCUGAUCUAUGCUCUAGGAAGAAGCCUUUAGAGGUACCUCAGCCAUUAUGGGGAUAAACACAUUUCUAUUACGUGUUCUGAACUGGUCUAACUGACUGACUGACUGCUAUUUUGGGCUGAUAUGCUUGUUAAGGUUGAGUAGGAAAGCAAUUAUAUAAUAGUGGUAUUUUUAAGCCCAAGGGGGGAUGUAUCCUCGAAGGCGUAUUUUUAGAAAGGUAAUGGCCUUUGAAUAUUAAUAAUAUAGAUGCUCUGUUAGUGAACUUCUGUUUCGUAUUAAUGUGAAUUCUGAAAUUGGUCAUAAAACUAAUUUAAGAAUAUGAAUGUCCCAUGUGCUUUAUAUUUAUAUAAAGUGCAUUCGGAAAGUAGUCAGACUCCUUGACUUUUUCCACAUUUUGUUACGUUACAGCCUUAUUCUAAAAUUUAUUAAAUUACUUUUUUUUCCUCAUCAAUCUACACACAAUACCCCAUAAUGACAAGGAAAGGCACACACCUGUCUAUAUAAGGUCCCACAGUUGACAGUACAUGUCAGAGCAAAAACCAAGCCAUGAGGUCGAAGGAAUUGUCUGUAGAGCUCCGAGACAGGAUUGUGUCGAGGCACAGAUCUGGGGAAGGGUACCAAAAAAUGUCUGCAGCAUUGAAGGUCCCCAAGAACAUAGUGGCCUCCAUCAUUCUUAAAUGGAAGAAGUUUGGAACCACCAAGACUUCCUAGAGCUGGCCGCUCAGCCAAACUGAGCAAUCGGUGGAGAAGGGCCUUGGUCAGGGAGGUGACCAAGGACCAGGUGGUCACUCUGGCAGAGCUCCAGAGUUCCUCUGUGGAGAUGGGAGAACCUUCCAGAAGGACAACCUUUAUGGUAGAGUGGCCAGACGGAAGCCACUCCUCAGUAAAAGGCACAUGACUGCCGGCUUGUAGUUUGCCAAAAGGCACCUAAAGGAAUCUCAGACUAUGAGAAACCAGAUUCUCUGGUCUGAUGAAACCAAGAUUGAACUCUUUGGCCUGAAUGCCAAGCAUCACGUCUGGAGGAAACCUGGCACCAUACCUACGGUGAAGCAUGGUGGUGGCAUCAUGCUGUGGGGAUGUUUUUCAGGGGCAGGGACUGGGAGACUAGUCAGGAUUGAGGGAAAGAUUAACGGAGCAAAGUACAGAGAGAUCCUUGAUGAAAACCUGCUCCAGAGCGCUCAGUACCACAGACUGGGGCGAAGGUUCACCUUCCAACAGGACAACGACCCUAAGCACACAGCCAAGACAAUGCAGGAGUGACUUCGGGACAAGUCUCUAAAUGUCCUUGAGUGGCCCAGCCAGAGCCCGGACUUGAACCCGAUCGAACAUCUCUGGAAACACCUGAAAAUAGCUGUGCAGCGACGCUCCCCAUCCAACCUGACAUACCUUGAGAGGAUUUGCAGAGAAGAAUGGGAGAAACUCCCCAAAUACAGGUGUGCCAAGCUUGUAGCAUCAUACCCAAGAAGACUCGAAGCUGUAAUUGCUGCCGAAGGUGCUUCAACAAAGUACUCAGUAAAGUGUCUGAAUACUUAUGUAAAUGUGAUAUUGCUGUUUUUGCUUUUGGGGUAUUGUGUGUAGAUGUAUUAUUAUAUUUAAUGUUUUUAUUCAUUUAAGAAUAAGGCUGUAACGUAACAAAAUGUGGAAAAAGUCAAGGGGUUCUGAAUACUUUCAAAAUGCACUGUAGGCCUACAAGCAAGCUUAUAUUUUUAUUUCCAUAAAGUGUACCCAUUUUAAUUUAUUAAACGGACGGUGUUCGCUCCUUUUAAAUGGUUUCCGUUUCACGCAAUCACCUUUCUGAUGCAGUCAAAACUGAAGCAGAGGUUUUGUGUUGUGGUGUUGUGCCCAAAUAAAGCAAUUGUAUAGUCUAAAAGCAAGGGGAAAUAAUGUCUAUAUGCUUUUUACAGUGGAGAUCAAGUUAAUGAAUUGGCUGACUGAGCUGAUGGGACAGCGGAACAGAAAACAAGAUGCCCAUUUAUGCGUCAAACGCUUACCCGUGCUAAACUGCUUUUUUAGAAUGGCUUAGAACGCAUCUCAACCAAUCACAAUUUUUGUUUUGACCAACCCGUUGUAGAAUAUAAUUGAAAUAUAAUUUACUUUCUAUAGUGUUUCCUUAUAAAGCGUUUCAGUGACCUUACAAAAAAAAAGGGUUGGGAUCUUUUCACUCCCUAUCUGUCUCAACGUCACCCAUUGUAUUGGCGAGGCUGGGGUUAUUUGCUACAUGGAAUUGAAGGAAAGAGGUGAGGUGGGGGAUAGUUGUGUAUCGUAUGAGCUAUAUUGGUAUUGGCUAGGCUAGGACUGGCCAACCCUCCUCCUGGAGAGCCUGUCACUAUUCAGGGUUUUGCUCCAACCCUGUUGUAACCCACCUGAUUUUGCUAGUUAAGAUUCGGUUUGGAGCGACAGCUUGCAGGAGGGUAGCUGGGGGGGGGGGGGUGAAAGAGGGACAACUCUUCUGAAGUUAAGGACAUUGUUUAGCUGAAAGCAGUCAAAAACGUUUAAUUUCUGCAAUCAUAAACGUGAUUUUCCUGUGAUUUUAUAUAUUUCCACACUAUGAGGUUGAAAUAAAACGGUGAAAUUGUGAGAAUGAUGAAAACGCCCUUUUAGUGUAAGCGCUGUUUGAAAAGACCGCCUGAAAUUUCAGCCUGUUUUGGUGGGAUGGAGUUAGGGCCUGCAUGAUGACAUCACCAGGCGGUUAAUUAAUUAAUAGACCAAAAAGAGAGUUCCAAACCUCUCUGCCAAUAACAGCUAGUUUUCAGUUGUCCCCUUCCCACUCAGACCACUCCCAGACAGUCCUAGAGAAAUUCUUGCUUGAGAAAUUGCUCUUUGCUAAGAAGCUAUUUUUGUUUCUUUUUGACCAUUUUAAUUAAACAAUCACAGUAAGGGACUUAGUUGUUACCCAGAAAUGAUUUGAUAUUGAGAUAAAAACGGUUGCAUUGGCCCUUUAAUGUCUUUAGACAGGUUCUCCAGAACUACAUGGCUUCCUCCCAAAGGGCACCCUAUUCCCUAUAGCAGUGGUAUUCAAAGUCGGGGUCAACUGCCCUAUAGUAUAGGGAAAAGGGAGCAAUUUGGCGCACACCCUAAUGUGGAGAGGAGAGGAGCAGGCGUGGGGAAUAUCAAUGAGUCAGGGAAGUCUGGAAUGCAUGGUGAGCUAUAGGCUCCCCUAUGCAUCCCAACUACGCUGUCUCUUUCUCUCUCUAAGAAAGCCACAAUAAACCAUGUUUCUAGCCUUCGUCACAUCACCUUCGUGUGUGUGUGUUUUUUUGGUCGUGGUGUGGGUCUCUCCGCUGCUUAUGAAAACUAGCUCACACACAUCCAGUCUGCCUCCUGCCUCUGUCUGGAUAAUGCAUUCCGUAAAGAAGGUUAUUAUUAACAUCUUGUGGUCCACUUCUUGGAUUGUAGUCUGAUCACUGCCAGUUAGCGCAAUGACUGGAAGUCUGUGGGUAGCUACUAGCAUGCUAGCAGAUACUGUACCCAUAGACUUCCAGUCAUUGUGCUAACGCUAGUUACCAUUGACUUGCAAAACGACCUCUUAACUUCCUUCAUACUGGACACAGAUACAUAAAAAUGGUAUCCACAAGUUCCUCUGACUCAUUGCCAAAAUCCCAAAGUAUCCCUUUAAGUGGCUCCUGGCACUGGACAUGGGUCACCCAGCAAGGGCUGGGGCUCAGCUGAGCCAGCUGGUAAAAGGCACCAGUGUUCUGGCCUUGUGGUAUGAAGUAGCCAGAGGCGGGUGGCUGGUUGACCUCUGGAAACCUUUUUUUCAGCUCCUUCCUAUUCAUUUUAUCGACCGCCUAAGGAGGUCAUAUAUAUACUCCAAUUAGACAUAGAUAUAUCAAUGAGACUACACUCCCCUCCACAGUGCAAUUCACCUCUUCCUGAGCUAAAGUAGCUGUUUUGCAAGUCCGAUACAAAAAUCACUUCCAAGAACGGCAAUACAAGUGGGAAGCCUUUCCCCCAGCAGCUCAUAAACUACAUUUGCCAGUAGACACCGGGGUGGUAAAUGUCACUGCCGGUCUGCAGUGUGCCGGGCACUGCAGUGAAUCACUCCUCCGCUCCACAGUAAACCUCAUUGAAAGUGACUGAGGAAUAAUCCCCAGGACUGGUGUGUAGGAGUCGUUCUAGCAUUCUGUAGUCCUUCGGGAGAGGAGGUGGGAGAGCGGGGGUUCUUGUAUGUUCAGUUAUGGUGAAUUUUGCUCCAGGUGCAAAAGUUAACUUUAAAAUGUAUGCUCAGAGUAUUGGGCAGAGUACAUGUUGAAGGUUUAAAUGAGACUUUUAGAAAGUAUCCAGCCAAUUCAUUUAUUAAGUUAAACCAACUUUCUUUUUUUACCUCACUUACUUACUCAGGGCCACGUUCAGCAGGAUGCAGUGGUGUGCAACGCUUAAUUCAACGUAUAUGGUGCUGUUCUGAACAAUCAGUUGAAGAAUGUUGUGAUUAUAAUUGCCCAGAGGGAGAUUUUGUAUGGUGUGCUGCAGAACUUUUGAUUUCAAAAUGGUCACAACCAUAUUGAUCAGGUCACACCCUGCCAAAUCCUCCAAAUGAGAGUAAACGAACCUCGAAGACUGUUGAAGAACGGCGCACACCGUUUUGCGCUCAACUGGGGGCGCGCGUUCAGCAGGACCUAAUGUUUUGGAACGUUCACAUAUAAAUAUGCUUUCUAGAACAAACAUGACUCUCUGACAUGUAGAAUAACGAAUCAUGUUGGCUCCAUUCAUGGAAUUUCUAUCUGCAACGAUUGAUAAUGUUUGGCUACUGAAUGUGGCCCAGGUGUGCCGAAAUGAACCAGUUGUAUAGGUCUGAUGACAUGAAGAUAUUGCCCUCUGCUGGCCAAGUGUAAACAUUACAACACUUUAAUAAUUUUCUGCUCUGGUUUGGUGCUUUAUAGUGCGUGACUGGUGAGGAGAGCAUGUGUGGUGUCACGCUAAAGACAGCAAAGACACUUUUCAUACAGGACUGUUCAACAGAUGGUGAUGCGGUUUAGUUUCUUAACCUCAGGACACUUUAUGAGCCAAUGUUAUUAUCUUUAGCACUGAAUUGAAUUGGCCAUUCUCCUUCAACCAAUUCAAUUAAUCAGUUUUUCCAUUAUUUGGAUGAGAUGUGGAAAGUAACCAAGUAAAAUUAAUUGCACAGCAAUACUUUCUAUAAUAUUAUUGCAUGCGUGUUACAUGCGAAGUUCGCCCCCAAAAUAAUUAGUGUAAUGGUGUGUGCCCUGGUUAGCAACACUGUUUUUGUCGCUUUACCCUGGUGUUAAACUCUCCAUCCGGACCCACUCUUCUUUACCCAUCAACUCCUGCAGCCGUGCGCUGCGCACCCUAUCCUAA